CUGAGAAGCUCGCACCGAAUAGCAUUUCAUAAAUCGCUCGUUUUUACAUCUCCUUCUCUGACCUUCUCUUCUGCUCACCUUCAGUUUCUUUCGACAGUGAAGAAACCGUUAAUUUGAAUUCUUUCACAUGUCCAAUGCUCCAAAAAGUGUUAUACGUCUUAUAAAGAUGAUUAUGCGCGCGUUUUAUGAAACGCGGCAUAUCAUCUUUGUCGAUGCUGUUCUGAAGCAUUCGUGUCUUACGGAUGAACAAAUGGCUAUGUUGAUGGGAAUUCCCGUAAAAGAAUGCAGAAAUAUUGCUGGAAAAUUGAGAGAAGAUAGACUUCUAGCCAUCCAUAAUAGAACAGAAACAAAAGAAGGACAACAACGACAAGUUCACAUGCCAUAUUACUAUAUAAACUUUUGUACGACCAUUGACAGUAUCAAAUGGCGGAUGCACCAAUUGGUGAAAACGAUCGAAGAUCGAAUGAGAAAUGAUUUUGACUCAAAAGGUUACAUCUGUCCCCUAUGUAAGCGUCGUUACUCAAGUUUGGAUGUACUCUCUUUGGUUACAAUGGCCGGAACAUUUGCUUGUGACGAUUGUGGUACAGAACUGAAAGAUGACGAGGAGAGUGUGGAAAUGCUUUCCAGUCAAGAACGUUUGGGCCGUUUAAUGGGUCAGGUGAACAAGAUCAUUGAUCAAUUAAAGCAAGUGGAUGAAACUGUUGUUCCCGAAAAUUCAUAUACUACGGCAAUGGAGCAUGCCGUACCCAUUACGACGGAGAGUUCCCAAAAUGCAGAGCAACAGAACAUGCAGAAAUUGGAAAGCAAAACUGUUCAACCCCAAACUUCACUUACUAUCGAUAUCUCAGCAGAGGUACAGAAAACAGACGAAGAACGGGAAAAACAAAGACAACGUCAAGCUGCACUCGCUGCUCAAAAUGCCCUUCCAGAAUGGCAUGCUAUGUCAACAAUUUCUGGCGACAUUACUCGUGUUGGUGCCAAGCAUGCAUCUAUUAUGCCACAAGUCUCGGAUGACUUGAUUGACAAAAAAGAAGAUGAGAUUGACAUCAGUGCUGAAAAAGACGCGUUGGACGCUUACUAUGCUUCUUUGCGUGCAAAGAAGACGGCCACGGCCCCAUCGUCUACUGUUCAAUCUACUCCGACCACUGUUGCAUUCGAUAACUCGGAUGAUGAGACUGAAUUUGUGAGUAUACCUACUACAACUACGUCUCAUAACGAUUCUUCUUCUACUUCUGUAAAACGUGAAGCCAGUGUGUUAGUUGCUAAUGACAACAAAAGGAUUAAAACCGAAGAAGUUGAGGAACCGGCUAAAGCUGUUCACAUUGCUGAUGCAGUUUUGGCUGCCGACGACGAUGAUGAUGACGACGAUGACGCGGAAUUUGAAGAUGUAUAGGGCAGCCCGUUCAAAUCUGAUCGUCAAAAUCAAAAUUAAAUAUCCAAAAAAGAAAAUAACUCCAAUCUGUCACUUAUAAUACUAGAUUUAAUAGCCGAAAAGAAAUAUUAAAAGGGUAAAUAGGUCAUGUCCAUGCAUGGAGAUAAGCCAUGCUCAUUUCAUUACGUUAUAAGGAUGAUGUCUAAAUGGUGCUCAAUUCUGAUAAUUGUUUUUUGAAUAGGCCGCAACAAGAGCGUUAAUUCGACUCACAAUAGUAGCAGCCUCAAUUUGAGACAUGGCUUCAAAAUCGUAUCUGCUCAAGACGUUAGAAAUGAGGUAAUAAAAAUAAUCACUUCUGAAUGCAAUACCUUUUUGUUUCUCGACUUUUCGAAACAAUCAUCUUGAAAUUGAAUGGUGACUUUCGAGAUUGUUUACACUUAGUGAUUGAACUGGCAUGUACACUAGACGUUUUGGACGUUUCAAAAAUUGUUUUCGAUUCCGAAGGCAUGAUGUGAACAUACUCGCCGUCAAUAGCAAGUAGUCGUUCAUGCCUACUCAUAAAUGACAUUGGUUGCUUUCUCCAGACAAUGAAUUUCUGAUAGGCGUUACUUGAAACAAUAUCUGUGGCAUUGAAACUCGGAGGUAGUAAGUCAUGAGUUGUAGAUCCGUA